AUGGGGUUGACGUCGCUGAUGAACUUUGUGCCUCAUAAUAUAAUGUGGGAGGUGGUGGCGUGGUGCGGCGUGCUGGUAGCGGCGCUGCAGCUGGUGGCCGCGGCGGGCUCGCAAGAGGCGGACCCGCUGCAGCAGGCCCUCUUACUCGUAGACCUGUUGAAGACUGAAUACGCCAGAGUCAAAGGCGAGAACAUAAUUCUCCGUAAACGUGAGCUACAGUUUCGAAGCUCUGUUGACGACGAAACCUGCCCGCCGACUGAACCUACCGACACAAUAUCACCGAUAACUGACGGCAGAAGAUCUGGGGUUCAGCACGGCAACUUAUUAACACCCCAUCCUGUGGUGUCACGAAGAAAACUAUAUAAAAGCAGAAGACAAGAUUACGAAGAUGCAUUCGGUCCACAUCCUGGCGGCGACAUCCCCAAAUCGACUACAACUACCACCACGUCACCAAAAACGGAAACAACAACGAAACAAACUUUGACAUCUAAGAGUAUAUCGAUAACAUCUUCAACCAGUCAAAGUCCCAAAAGUAAAAUAUAUACCACUGAAGAGCACUCUACGGCUAUUAUUACACAACAAUCGUUCCAUACGAAACUCGAAAAUCCUGUGAAAAACGAACUACCGCCUAAAAAACUGGGGUUUAAAAAUGUCGGACUAAGUCAUAAAAAAGCGUUCACAAAAACGACCAGAGAUCCAGUCAUGGAGCAGGUCGCUUCGGAAAUAAUGAAUGAGAUGAAAGAUUUCAAAACCCCAAAAGUUAAGAAAUAUGCUUUUUAUUCUGCGCCGCUUCUCAGCCCUAAAACAGAGAGAAUGACAAAAUUCGAGAACUUCACCAGGGGUACAAUGAGGAUCCACCAGUCCUGCCGCGCGGCUGGCUCCGCGCUCAGUCCUAACUGCUUCUCAUUGUAUACGUUUUCUCGAUGGGGCCGUGCGGCGGCGGAGCGCGCGCCUGCGGCCGUGCGGCGGCGCCGCCCCGCGCCUCGGGGGGCGCUCGCGGCCGCGCUCCGCCGCCGCGCGGAGCCCGACAUAAACCUCUGCCUCGAAAACGAAAACUUUCACCAAAUCACUUAA